ACCCAUGAGUCACGUGUGUUAAUACAGAGCGAGACCAACAAAACAUUUUCCCUUCCGGAGAAACGAAGAGCAAAAAUGUGGAGAAGAUUGGUAUCAUCAUCGACGUCAGCUUCCCUUAAAACCCUAGCAUCGUCAUCGCGCCGAUCCUCACUGCCGACACUGGUCCGACCACUCACCUCUGUCUCUUCAUCUUCUCCUUCUAAUACGACUACUUUUCCUUCCCACAGUCCUAUCUCCUCCCCUUCCGAUUUUCUCUCAAAGGGGGGAAAGAAGGUUGAAAAUGUUAUACAUAUUGCAACCGGACAUGAGCGCGAGGAGCUUGAGGCUGAGCUUGAGGGAAGGACACUUCUUGAAGCGAAUUAUCCAAUUGGUCCAUUUGGCACUAAGGAAGCACCUGCUAUUGUUAAGUCUUUCUACGACAGAAGAAUAGUGGGCUGCCCAGGUGGUCAGGGAGAAGAUGAGCAUGAUGUAGUGUGGUUUUGGUUGCACAAAGACCAACCACAUGUCUGCCCAGUCUGUUCUCAACAUUUCAAGUUGGAAGUAGUUGGCCCUGGUGGAUCUCCUUAUCACUACUAGCAUUGAAGGCUUCCUGCUGGAAUAAAAUUUUGUUUGAUGAAGAGCUAGUUUGCGCUGUGUAACUUGAACACUUUUCAGUUUGUUCUUUUUGGUGGAUUCUUAAUUCUUGGGAAUAUCAUAUUUGGGUAGGUGAUUUUUUGGUUUCAUAGCCUAGUCAUGGACCGACUGGUCCUCAAAUAAUUCUACCCUUCUACCCUGGCACUAAAUAAUUUCUGUAUCCCAAAAAUUUUGGCUUCUUUUGAACUCAAUAUCUUAUUCUUUCAA